AUGGGAAACUCAGACGAGCGCGUCAUCGAGAAGGAGGUGCAGUACGAUGGCGAGACGGAGACCCUGCACUCUAGCGAUGUAGCCUUUGAGCUGCUGGUCAAGGAAGAAGAAGGCCAUGACAUUAAGCUCAGGACCAUGGGUUGGAAGAAGACUGCGCUUCUGCUCUUCGGUGACCAGGUUUGCCUCGCCAUUCUUGCCCAGGCAUGGUCUUUCAGCGUUCUCGGAUGGGUGGGAGGUAUGAUCACGACACUGGUCAGUGGUGCCUUCUUCUGGCUCACAAGUAUGACCCUCUGGCGAUUCUGCAUGAAGCACCCCGAGGUCAGGGAUAUCUGUGACCUGGCCUUCGUCCUCUUUGGUCGCUCGCGUAUCGCAUUCGAGGUCACCGCCUUCAUGCUCUUGGCCAACAAUAUCCUCCUCAUCGGUUUCCACAUCUUGACCCUCGCCAAGAUCUUCAACACACUGUCGACCCACGCUCUCUGCACUACCGUCUUUGCCGUCAUUGCGAUGAUCAUUGGUAUUGUCUUCUCCAUCCCCCGUACUCUCAACCACGUUAGCACAAUGGGUGUGGUGUCGGCCAUCUCCAUGGGUAUUGCCAUUCUCCUCCUGAUGAUCUUUGCUGGUAUCGAGACCAGCCCUUCUCAGGGUUACGAUGGAGACUACCCCAUUGACGGACCCGUCUACACCUACGCCUAUCCUCUUGCUGGAACCACCUGGGUCGGAAUCGUCAAUGGUGUCCUCAACAUCACCUUCCUGUGGAUUCCUCAGAUUCUCUUCCCCUCGUUUAUCCGCGAGAUGAGGCGCCCCCAGGACUUCCCCAAGGCCCUUGCUGCCCUGGCCGUGGGCUCCUUUGUCCUCUUCGUUGUUCCUCCCAUCGUCGGUUUCUACUAUCUGGGACAGUACUCGGAGGCUCCUUCGUUCGCCUCUCUGCAGCCCGUCUACGCCAAGGCCGUUGCUGGCUUUGUCAUCCUCCCCACUAUCAUCAUUGGAACCAUCUACUCCAACGUCACUGUCAAGUUCAUCUUCCGCCGCGUCCUGGCCGGAUCUCGUCAUGAGCACAGCAACAGCGCCGUUGGCUGGGGAACCUGGAUCGGUAUCACCAUCAUCGUUUGGGUCAUCGCCUUCAUCUUCGCCGAGGUGAUUCCUUCCAUGGGUGACUUCCUCUCCUUGCUUGGAGCAGCCUUUGACAGUCAAUUCGGCUACCUCUUCUGGUUCGGAUGCCAUCUCUCGCUGUACAAGGGCGCCUACUUCAAGGGCCCUCUGCGAAGCAUCAACACAAUCCUGCACAUCAUUGCCGGCUUCAUUGGUCUCUUCCUGCUCGGUCCUGGUCUCUACGCGGCUGUUGAGGCUAUCAUUGCCGAUUACGGCUCGUCUACUAGGCCUGCCUUCUCUUGUGCCAACCUCUCUUACUAG